CAACGAACGACCAACGCCAUGUCUCGCAUCGUACAAACAUAUUGACUACCUCGUCUACAUCCACUCGAUAGGUUUCUCAAUGCCACAGUGAUUGAUUGUUGUGCUCACACCGCUCCGUAGCUUCGCUUUACGUCAGUGUACUAUCAAGACUUCGUUCAUCUCGCUAUUUCCUUUACCCUCUCCCAUCUGACGCUGCCUUCAGUCUUUUCAACGCCCCCUUUUACUUCAAUCAAAUCCACAGCGAGUUGAAAACAACCUCAAUGCACCUCAAUCUCAUCUCAGCCUUCUACCUCGUCACCCUCCUUCCAGUUACUCUCUCCCGAACACCGCAUCCUUGCUAUUACGAUGCCAACAAACCUGCCUCGGAUGACCUGAUCCCAUGUUACCCCUCCACUUUAUCAUCCCACUACUCCUGCUGCCGCGUAGGAGACAAGUGCCUUGAGCAAAAUGCCUGCUUUGACAGCGACACGCAGGUCACAUAUCAAUACGGCUGCACAGAUGCUUCCUUCCAGGACCCUCACUGUCCCCAAAAGUGCCAUCUUGAUACGGAGGAGAGUCACUGGGUCGGCCUCGUAUUCUGCAACGGGACAAGGGGCCUGCCAAAGGAUAAGUGGCUGUGCCAUCAUCCGUCUAACUGUGCCGGCAAGGGAGGAUGCGACGAGAGGGCGUGGGAUGAGGGUAUUGAGAGGAUGUGGAAGACGGGGUGUGAAGACCUGAAGCGGGGAGAUGAAUAUGUUGCGUUCGAAGCGAGCUUCACGCUCAGCGAUAUUGCCGCGCUGCCGUCGUCGAGUCGGCUGGCGAGUUAUUGGAGUGUGAAUGCAGAGCGGACGAAACCUCUCGUCACGUCAACGACAGCGUCGGCACAUACGACUACAGCUUCAAGUGGAUUAUCAAGCUCCGCUACAGCCUCGAGUACUUUAACCUCAACGCCGACCGCAACAUCAACACCAUCAGCAGCUCCAACUGCCCCAGCAUCUACGCGCAGAAGAGCAGCAACCAUCGGCCUAGGUGUAGGAAUCGGUUUCGGCGUCCCAGUCCUCCUCGGCCUCGCAGGCUUGACUCUCUUCUACAUCCGCCGCCAACACAAGAAACAUGAAGCCGUCCUCGCAACGCUUGCGAAUGAAUAUCCACCCGAAAAAGGCGCAGCCGCGGACAGCUAUGCUCACAAUGCGGAAGCAGGGCCAGGCUACGCUCAUACAGCAGAAUUAGACAGUACACCCAUAGUCGAAAGCUGUGGUUCCCCAACCCCUUCGGAAUUGCCCGGCUCGAGUGUGGCUGCCACGCCUUACCAGUCACCGAUUGGGUCGCCUGAAAUGGUGCAGGGAGAGUUGAAUAGGAAAGAGAGAAUGAGUGUGUGUGUGGAGGAGGGAAGGAACGCGGGGGUGCAGGAAGUGCCUGGUUGAUGGCUUGCAACGAUGACGACAAUGAUGUAUGAAAGCAGUUGAUAUGACAAGCAUGAAUAAAUGAAGAAGGAAGCAGUAUCGUAGGCAGAUACUGUUUCCGCUUUUCCAUUCAUUGCUCAGACCACGUCAAAGUUUUGCCCUUUUAUAGUGAACAUACUACUGUUCAAACCAGUGAUGUAGCUGACUAGACCAGUGAGAAGUAGACGAUGUCUGUAACAACAAGGUGUGCUGCAUGCGCCGCACCACUCUUAACCAUUCCGUGCCCCGGUUUCAAUCUCAUGUUAUAGACCUCGCUACCUCCUCCAUUACCACGACCUGGUGCUCCGAUGGAAUCUGCGAGAGACACUUUGCACAGUUG